UAGCGGGCUGUGGCGGUGUGUGGUGCGGAGGUGCGGUGUGCGGUGCGUGCUCCCGCCGCAUUCUGGCGAGGGUCAGGGACGGCACGAGCCCAGGACCGCAGGAGCGGUACAUGAGUGUCCCCGACCAGUGUCUGGCGCGCUCUGCCGCCGACACCAUGCAGCCGGGCGUGCUGCAGCUGGAGAAGGAGCUGCUGCAGCUGACGCUGAGCUCGCCGGCCAGCCUGUCGCCGCCGGGCGGCCCGCUGGAGCCGGCCUCCGACCCGGAGACGUCGCCAGACCAGGCCGCCAUGCAGGUGGGCUACCGCGAAGGGCGCGCGCCGCAGGCCGGCCUCAUGGAGGGCAUCUUCGGCUGCCUGCGGCCCGUCUGGACCAUCAUCAGCGCCAAGAAGGCCAUGGCGCCGCCCGAGAACUGGGAGGUGCCGUUCGAAACCAUCAGCGACCUGCAGUGGCUGGGCUCGGGCGCACAGGGUGCCGUGUUCCGCGGCAGCCUGCGCGGUGAGACGGUGGCCGUGAAGAAGGUGCGCGAGUGCAAGGAAACGGACAUCCGGCACCUGCGCCGUCUCAACCACCCCAACAUCGUGCAGUUCAAGGGCGUGUCGACCCAGGCGCCCUGCUUCUGCAUCAUCAUGGAGUACUGUCCGUACGGCUCACUUUACGACCACCUCAAGGACGGCAAGGAGAUCGCGCCCAAGCGGCUCAUGGACUGGACCAAGCAGAUCGCAACGGCCAUGAGCUACCUCCAUCAGCACAAGAUCAUCCACCGCGACCUCAAGAGCCCCAACAUCCUGAUCGGCAACAGCGAGAGCAUCAAGAUCAGCGACUUCGGCACCAGCCGCGAGUGGAACAACAUGAGCACGCGCAUGUCGUUCGCCGGCACCGUGGCCUGGAUGGCGCCCGAGGUCAUCCGCAACGAGCCCUGCUCGGAGAAGGUGGACGUCUGGUCGUUCGGCGUCGUGCUCUGGGAGCUGCUGACCUGCGAGAUGCCGUACAGCGACGUCGACUCGAGCGCCAUCAUCUGGGGCGUGGGCAGCAACUCGCUGCACCUGCCCAUUCCGCAGACCUGCCCAGACGGCUUCAAGCUGUUGGUCAAGCAGUGCCUCAGCGCCAAGCCGCGCAACCGGCCCUCCUUCCGCCACAUCCUCAUGCACCUCGACAUCGCCGCGCUCGAGGUGCUCACCAUACCCUGCGACGCCUACUUCCGCACUCAGGCGGUGUGGCGACGCGAGGUCAAGGCGCACAUGGAGCGCGUGCGCACCGAGCGCGCCAGCAUCCAGCAGGGCGGCGAGGAGCUCGUGCGCAAGCGGCGCGAGGAGCUCAAGCACGCGCAGGACAUCCGGCAGCACUACGAACGCAAGCUGGAGCGCGCCAACAACCUCUACCUGGAGCUCAGCACGUGCCUGCUGCAGCUGGAGCAGCAGCAGCGCGACAUGAACACGAUGGCGGCGGCGCGCGCGCGCAGCCCGGCAGCGCUCUCGCUGGAGGCGGGCACGAGCCGGCGGGCGGCGCUGGCGCGCAGUCCCGAGCCGUUCCUGCGCUCGCCGCACCGCCAGCUGGCGGAGAGCAGCACGCAGACCCCACCGACCGAGCGGCCGGAGCGGCGGCCGCUGACGCUGGCGCUGCAGGACGCGGCUCACCGAGAACGGCAACGCCACGACGACCACCACCACCGUGCCGGGCGGCCGGCUGCCCGAUGAGACCAACCACAACUGGCAGCCAGCCGCCGGCAGCAGCGGCCACCUGUACGCGACCGAGGCCGGCAACGGCAACGUGGCGGAUGCGCUGGCGCCGCGCCGCUGCCUGCUGUUUGACGACAGCGACAACGACGCGUGCCUGGUGCAGGAGGCGGCCGGGCGGCGCUCGCUCGUGCGCGUGCACUACGCGCGCCACCUGAGCAGCUCGGGUGAGUCCGACUGCGACGUGCACACGGCGCCGCUGCCGGCGCGGCGCCGCCAGCUGCGCAACGCGCUCAUCUCGCGCCACUCCGAGUCGGAA